AUCAUGUAUCAUAACGACUUCGAUUCAACAAGGUCGCCAGGUACACCACCUGUGCCUCCCUAUUCCGAGCAAUAUCCAUUGCAAGAUACGUCAUUCUCGCACCAACCACCCAUGCAGCGUGGCAACGACCCAUUCCAUGAAGACCAGCAACAGCAAAUUGAAACCAUGAACCAGCCGUUGCUUGGAAGCCCCAUGUCUCCUCAUGUAGACUCGCCACGAUCACCCUUCUCUCGAGUUGCUGGCGGCGGUGGCGGACUCCAGUUUGUAGAGCCGCCUUCUCCAGGUCCACGUUUUGGAGAGGCACCGCGUAGACAGCCACGACGAUACAAGACAGUGCGAAAGGUCAAACUUACGGGCGGUAACCUUGUUUUGGACAACCCAGUACCAACAACUUAUUUGGACCGUUUGCCCAACAAGCAGGAUCAUGAAUUUACCCAUAUGCGCUAUACUGCAGCCACUGUUGAUCCAUCCGAGUUUGUAGACAAGAAGUACCAAUUACGACAGAACGUUUCAAACAGAGAAACUGAGCUUUUUAUUGUGUUGACCAUGUACAACGAAGACGAGGUGCUGUUCUGCCGUACAUUGCAUGGUGUGAUGAAAAACAUUGCACACUUGUGUUCGCGCACUCGUUCGUCGACGUGGGGUGAGGAUGGAUGGAAAAAGGUGGUUGUUUGUGUUGUUUCUGAUGGACGUACCAAGAUCCAUCCGCGCACGCUGUCAGUUCUGUCGGCACUGGGCUGUUAUCAAGAAGGUGUUGCUAAAAAUAUUGUCGAAGGCAAACCCGUCACCGCACAUAUCUAUGAGCACACAACCCAAAUCUCUGUGGAUCCCGACAUGAACUUCCGUGGGUCAGAGAAGGGUAUUGUGCCCACUCAGAUGCUGUUCUGUCUUAAGGAAAAGAAUCAAAAGAAGAUCAACUCUCAUCGAUGGUUCUUCCAAGCUUUCGGCCCACUUAUCAACCCCAACGUCUGUGUGCUUAUUGAUGUCGGUACUCGUCCUGGUCAUACAUCCAUCUACCAUCUGUGGAAGGCAUUCGAUAUCAACAAGAACACAGCCGGUGCCUGUGGUGAAAUUCGUGCUCUUACUGGCAAGGCAGGUGUUGCCCUGUUAAACCCUUUGGUCGCCUCCCAAAACUUUGAAUACAAGAUGUCCAAUAUUCUCGAUAAACCGCUGGAGUCUGUCUUUGGCUACAUUUCUGUGCUGCCGGGUGCUUUCUCAGCAUACAGAUACACUGCUCUCCAGAAUGACGUUAAUGGAAAUGGCCCGCUUGAAAAGUAUUUCUUGGGUGAAAAACAACACGGCAGCGACGCUGAUAUUUUCACCGCAAACAUGUACCUGGCUGAAGAUCGUAUCUUGUGUUACGAGUUGGUCGCGAAGAAGGGUGCAAAAUGGACCUUACAUUACGUAUCAAAUUCUUAUGGUGAAACCGAUGUGCCCGACACCGUUGCUGAAUUCAUUUCCCAGCGCCGGCGCUGGCUCAAUGGCUCGUUCUUUGCUGGCAUCUACGCUCUCGUACACAGUGGCAAACUCUGGCGCUCAAACCAUAACUUCAUCCGCAAAAUCUUUUUCAUGCUUCAAGGCAUUUAUCAAACUUAUCAGCUAAUUUUCUCUUGGUUCGCUAUUGGCAAUUUCUAUCUUACAUUCUACAUCAUGACUACCUCUAUGGAAUCUGACUACCUCGAUCCAAAACCAUUCUCUUCCGAUGUGGCACGAUAUUUGCAUAUCAGUUUUAAUUACGUAUACAUUGUUCUACUCGUCAUCCAGUUCAUUAUAGCCAUGGGUAACCGACCGCAAGGUUUCAAAUGGGCAUACUUUUUAAGUAUCGUCUUCUUUGCGCUGCUCAUGGUCUACAUUAUGUUCUGUACCGUCUGGAUCACGGCUGUUGGUGUCGACAGCGCCAUUGACGAAGCCCAAGAAUCGGAUGACAUGUUAAUGGCACUCAUAGGGCAAAGCGCAUUCAGAGAAGUGAUCAUUGCUGUUGUGUCAACGUACGUCAUCUACUUCCUUGCGUCUUUCAUUUUCCUCGAUCCGUGGCACAUGUUUACCAGUUUCAUUCAGUAUAUCUUCAUGUCGCCAUCUUACAUCAACGUGCUCAACAUUUAUGCUUUCUGUAACACCCACGACGUGUCCUGGGGAACCAAGGGCGACAACAGUGUCUCAACAGAGCUGGGUGUUGUCAAGGCAAAGAAGGGCAAGGAUGGCGAUUCUCAUGUGGAAGUCGAAGUACCCACAGAACAAAAAGAUCUUAAUGAACAAUACGAAGAAGCGUGUAUGGAACUGAAGAAACAAGUCGUCGCGGCUCCUGAAAAGCGUGAUGCAAAGACCAAACAAGAGGAUUACUACAAGGCUUUCCGUACUCGACUGGUCUUAUCAUGGGUCAUCACCAACAUGGCUUUAGUGGCUGUUAUUACAAACGGUCAAAUUCUUGAAUGGUUCGGUACUUACGAAGAGCGUAGUACUGUAUACUUGGGCUUCAUCCUGUGGUCCGUGGCAGGUCUUUCUGCUAUUCGUUUCAUCGGAUCAUGUCUCUACAUGGUCUUCAAAAUAUUCCGUCGUUAAUUAAUCACCUGUAACUUUUCUUCCCUGUAUCAUCAUCUUCAUAUACUACAUCCCAAUGUGCAGUAAAAUUUUCAUAUUACGU